AUGGCCAAACAUUCAAAAAAAAUGUCUUGGACAGCUACAACCUGGGCCAACACAUUGCAUAGAAUCCUAGUAUCUCUUUCAACAAAAGUUACUUCCCUAACGGAACUGCAAACUGAGUACCUUUUGGUUCCAUCGAAAAUUGUUAAAGUAGAUGGUUUGAAACUUGUGGAGAAAUUUAAAGGACUGCUCGAGGCGUUGUUCUUGAAGAAAUCUGUAGCACUACAACAUUACAACACUACAACUUUACAACAUUACAGCACUACAACUUUAACUAUGACGAUGGUAAUAAAGAUAAUGAUAGCACGGCAAUAG